UUCAUUACCUCGACUCCUCAGUAUUUAACGCCAGCUAAGAGAUUAUUUUCCAUAUUAUUACUAGGGAGGAUCUCUAUAACACAUCUGCCAAACCUGGAUUUAGUACCUUCUACAGUCUCUACUAAGACUACUACAAGUUUCUAGAGGUUCCAUUGAUUAGUCGAGUUCGUCUAUCUAGUAUAGUAUAAACUACUGGAGUGUCCUGUUUGUGGAUCGUACAAGCCGAGAAGCCGUCCUAAGAUACGGCCAGAGUACUGAUUCAUUAAGUCAUGGCUCAGCAGCUUGCCGUUGUGGUGGUUGUUAUCUGCUUCGUCAUAGCUGUAGAUGCUUCAUACAGUCCAUUUCCGAUACAAUUCAAUGAAGAUGAAAUUUCCAGCCCACCUUUGAAGCCCGAUCACUGGUUAUACGAAGGCGACAUCAUGUUAUCCAAAGAACAAAAUGAAAUGGUAGAGUUUCCCAAGAAGAAAGGAGAAGAAAAACCUUCCAGUGGAAGGGCGUACACUGCUGCUCGUGAAGAGAAGAGGCUGUGGUUUGGAGGUGUGAUACCUUAUGUUAUUGACUGCAGUCUGAAGAACAUGCCAGCUUUAGUAGACAUAGUGAAGGGAGCCAUGAAAGAGUGGCAAUCCAAAACAUGUGUGACGUUUGUGGAGCGAGACAAGGAAGACGACUAUGUACAAAUCAUCCGGGGUACACACUGUUAUAGUACGGUGGGCCGAUCCAAGGGGAAAAAGGUUCUGUCCGUGGGUCAUGGAUGCGAGUAUCAUAACGUGAUGUUACACGAACUAGGUCACGUGAUAGGCUACUGGCACGAGCAGAGCAGGCCUGACAGAGAUGAUCAUAUCAGGAUACUCUGGAAACACAUCGCGCGUGGAUGGGAGAAUUCCUUCUUCAAGCUGAACUGGAAAGCCGUAGAUACGAUGCAAAUGCCCUAUGACUAUUCGAGCAUCAUGCACUAUCCAUUCAACGCCUUCUCUGAAAACUCACAUAAAAGAACAAUCGUGCCACUACGACCUGUAAAGGCGCAACCUUAUAAACAACUCUCACAGCUGGACAUCCACAAGACAAAUAUCCUUUAUAGCUGCUCAAAUAGUCCCGUAGAUAACGAAGUAGAGGUUGACCAACAGGAAUCAUCCGUCGCAGCUUUACGGAGAAAGAAAAGAGCAGUGGUUGCAGAAGAUAUUGAUAGACCAACCACAACAACGAUAAAAUAUAACCAAAGAUCAGUGAUUGCAGAAGAUUUUGAUAGAACAACAACGACAACAACAAACUCCAACCAAAGGUCGUGCACAAAUAAAGUAGGAGACGAAGCCUGUAAAUACUGGGCAGACAAAGGAUUUUGUACCAAGAGGAAAGAUUUCAUGUUGAUUGACUGUAUGAAGAGCUGUAACGCUUGUUCUACAGAGGAAUUUUACCGUGGCACUCAAGUCCCUCGCGCCACUCUCAUAUCUCACGUCUCGCCUUUAAUUCAACAUGGUAAAAGAAUCCUUACAGACGACGAGCGAAGGCAAAAGAGAAGAGAAGCCAAGAAGUUGGCCAAACGGCAAUUAAAAUUAAUGCAGAAAGAAAGACAAGAAAAGUGCAAAGAUAAAUCAAGAUCGUGUGGAUACUGGGCAAAGAAGGGUUUCUGUCAAAUGAGAGAAGAUUUUAUGAAAAAGUAUUGUAUAAAAUCAUGCAAGAAGUGUUACCCAGAAUCAGACGAGUGCAUCGAUCGUGAUAACCGAUGUAAGUCAUGGGCCCGCGAGCGAUACUGUACGCGGUCUAACUACAAAAAAGUGAUGGAAUCAUUCUGCGCCAGGAGCUGUGGACUCUGUGGUGAUCCUGCUAAGAUUUGUUUUGAUAAAGAAAAGCAUAAGUGUCCUAAAUGGAAAGACAACGGGUUUUGCGACUCAGAAGAUAAGGACAUCAAAGAUGCAAUGAAGAUGUUGUGUACCAAGACCUGCCGCUUGUGUGACAAGCACUCUAAGCUUAACAAGAAGUAUGGAUGCACCGACACCUUCAAGACAUGUUACAGAUGGUAUAAACUGGGAUACUGUGAAAGCAGACCACUUUUUAUGAACCAAUACUGUAGAAAGAGCUGUAAGAUUUGCACAAGAAAAGUGGAUAGUAAAAGAUGUCUGGACAACGCUGUUGGUUGUGAGCGGAGGAAAGCCGAUGGAUUUUGCGAGAAGAAAAGAAAGACGAUGAAAUUUUAUUGUAGGAAAACGUGUGGUUUUUGUCACAAACUCGAGCAAAGCCAGCAAGGUCAAGCUGCUGAAAGAGAACCCUGUAAAGAUUUGAACAAGGUUUGCCCAACCUGGGCUGAACUUAAUUACUGCCAAACUAAAGCUCUAUAUAUGGUGAAAUAUUGUAAGAAAAGUUGUAGAAUAUGCGAUGGAAACGGUUCGAAUCUUUACAAACCCUACAGCUAUACUUCACGCCCUAGAAAGCGACCUUGCAUAAAUAGACGCCGUGCUUGUACCUAUUGGGCCCAUAUUGGCAUGUGUCAUAUAAGACCUGAUAUAAUGCUUAAAGAAUGCAAACUUGCAUGUCGUGCUUGUAGACCAGAAAAGAAAGAAGAACAGUAUCCGACGUGCAAGAAUAUCGCAGAUGAUGAUAACUGCGAGCACUGGGCUGCGCUUGGGAAAUGUGUGUCGAGGGCUAACUUUAUGAUUAGCAAUUGCCCUAAAGCAUGCAACGCUUGUCCUUCCAGACCAGUGAAAACAACGCCUGCCAAGCCUGUUGGAAUUUUAUGUAAAUUUUCUUGUAAAAUGUGGCUUGAUAAUGGAUACUGUGAUAAGUGGAAAGAUCGUUGUAGAAGAGCUUGUCUGGCAAAGGGAUGUGACGUCGAAGGCGUCAAACCCGUGGRAACGUGUGCUGAACCAAUGGGUGCUGGAUGGGAUUAUAAACUACCAGAUACUGCCUUCACUGCUUCGUCAACCUUAAUUAACGGUAAAUGGGAUUUCGGUCCCCAUAACGCUCGUCUUUAUAAAGAGGAUGACUUGGUAUAUAAGAAAGUAGGAGGAUGGUGUGCCAAUAAAACUGAAAACCAAUGGCUACAGGUGGACUUAGGGAAACCACGAAUAAUUACUUCCGUAGCAACACAGGGCCGAGAUAAAUUCUUCGAACACGUGAAGUCAUAUGAAUUGGGUUUCAGUGAUGAUGGUAAAACGUUCUAUAAAUACAUGGAAAAGGAAAAAGUUAAGAUAUUAACAGGAAACUGUGAUCAUUUUACGCCAGUCAUAAAUCAGUUACGUAAGCCGCACGUGGCUAGAUACGUUCGCUUUUAUCCCAUCACCCAAAAUUCCGUAUGCAUGCGAGUGGAAGUUUAUGGAUGUAAUGAACUAAUAGGUGAAGCUAAACAUGACUACCCACACAUCGUACAUCUCAGACACUACAGGUCAUAAGCUAUUUUUUUCGAUUUCGUAUCAUUCUUCAUAUAUUUUUACUCAAAAAAAAAUUAAUUCUUUUUGGAGAACAAUAGCACAUAUUUUGCUUAAUUUGAACUUGUAAAUAACCGUACUCCAAGUUUAUUAUUAAUAUAGUUAGUGUUAUGUAAUAAAUUUAGGUUCACCGCACUCUUCAACUGAUAAAUAAAACAAAAUCAUCGUCCUAACAAAUARUAUAACUGGGAUCCCGUUUCAUGAAGAUUGCGUAACUCGUAAGGAAAAGUCCUUCCUUUUCCGCACCAAAACAAGGACGGUUAUCUCUAUGGUUACGCUAUCUUCACGCACUGAAAUAACCUUUAUAGUGGAAAUUAUGUAUGGUUUUCUUAGUAAAAGUAAUGAAAACGGACGAAGGAAAAAGAAAAACACUGGGACUGCGGGAAAGAUUUUGCAGUCAUCAUUUGGCGGCAAACAGUUCUAGUUUGGGACGGGGGGUGCUGUUAGUUAAUUCAACGAAGCACAUACAAAGAUCUGCCAUGUAAGACGGAAGUCUUCCUCUAUGCAGCCGUACUGGCAGGGAGUACAUAUAGAACUAUUUGCUAUUCAUCACUCAACUCCACAUUAUAAUCAGCAGACAAUAAAUCUGUUAAAAAAGGUACUGAAUUAUACAAACCUUUUUUUAAACUUUACUGAUUGUUUAAUUGGUGGCGUGCAUCCUUUGCCAUGAGCCUGAAUGAAAGGACGAAAGACGUGGCCGCCAUGUUGGUUAACAUGACAAAAGACCAAUCUUUAUUUAAAGUCAACCAAAAUGGCUGCUAUAUGACGUCACAUGCACACCAAAAAGUACUUCYACCAGGUUUAUUGUGUGCAACCUACCUUACUUGAUUCUUAAAUAUCAUCAUAAUUCAUAUAUAGCUAGGGUAUUUAACUAAAUGUCCACAAGGUACAUAACUUAUGGUGAAAAGGGUAAUUUUAACUGGGUUGUAAGAAAAUAGAAGACUUUUUAAAAUUAAAGUUGAGUAUUGACAAACAUUUCA